AUGCCGGUGAGGUGCCAUGACUUGCAGCAAUGACAAAGGGUUUAUUUAUUUAAAAAGAGGGAGAGAAAACCUUACUUUCUGCUACCUCAGUUAAAAGAUACCCCCACCAGAAAAUUCAGUACCUCCACCCCCAAUUUUUUUAGACACUUCCUCCCCACCUUUGCGACCAGGAUUUAGUUGAAAUCUAUAUUUUCUACCUCAAAGUUUAAAAAUGAACAAAUCAUCCGUAUUUAUCAAUCUUUCAAAAAAUGUAAAUGCUCACGCAAUUGGAUGCUGGGUAUCUGGCAAUUCAUCAGAUUUAAACUAGAUUGCUUCUGUACAUGUCUCAUGAUGUGCUCAGUUUCUCAUCUAUUUGUGUCACAGGCUGAAUACACAUGGUCACCUCCAGACAUUUUGUCUACAUUCAGAAAGAACAGUAGAUGCAUCCUGGCGCCGCCCACAACAGCCACACUGAAUUCAGGAUGUCAGAGAUUGGGCAGCUGUGUGUAGGAUGUUGAAGACAAGCUCAAUAGCCAUGGUUCUUGCCUCUCUCCUUGUGUAGGCUACACACGUGGAGGCAACUGUGUGUCUUUUCCUACGAAGGGCUUUGUACCAUGCUCUUCAAGAUGCCUUGGGGCAAAGAUGCAAAAACCAUUGAUCAGAGGUGAUUCUUGUUAUUACUGCAGCUGUAAGAUAUGCCACUAUGAGCAAAUGAAGUGUGGCAAAUCCUGAUUCACCUGACAUACAGUGGUACCUCGGGUUACAGAUGCUUCGGGUUACAGAUGCUUCAGGUUACAGACACUUCAGGUUACAAACUCCGCUAAUCCAGAAAUAGUACCUCAGGUUAAGAACUUUGCUUCAGGAUGAGAACAGAAAUUGUGCAGUGGUGGCGCGGCAGCAGCAGGAGGCCCCAUUAGCUAAAGUGGGGCUUCAGGUUAAGAACAUUUUCAGGUUAAGAACAGACCUCCAGAACAAAUUAAGUUCUUAACCCGAGGUACCACUGUACUCAGAGAAUAACACUGGUGUGAACUGGCCUUAUUUUCUUCAAAUUGCAUGAGAACAUCUAUAAUAUUUAGCUAAGCAGCCUUGAUUUGCUUGUUUAGAUUAAUCGAAUGCUGUCUACAUAUGGUUAUGAGGAAAGCUUAGAACGGAACUGAAUAAUUAAGAGUUUGAGAAAACAAGAAGUCACAAAACAGGAACUCUUCUGAAAUACAAACCACUAAAUGGUUUGACUUGAGACCAUGUUGCUCCAAUAACACUGCUAUUAUUGGAGUUGCACUGCAAGAGUUGCGCUGGGUUUUCUAAGAACAAGCAGGUGGGUAGAACAAGUGCAUAGAAUGACAGUCAGUGUUUGCUUGGAUAGCAGACAAAUGUCCAGUGAAUGCAGACACAAUCAAAGCUGUUCUUUUGCCCAGUAAGAAUGCUAAUUAUACUGCCUUUGAGUUUCAUAGGGUAAAGUACACUCUGUUCAUGGGAAAAACCCUCCACACUUUGAGAUAGCCUCCCAUUGAGUCAGAAAUUGGCAGCAAUGACACCAGCCCUUUUGUCUCUGGUCUGACCCUAAAACGGUUUCAGCAAAAAGGGGUCAUGGCUUUGGAUCUAGAAGGAAGUAGGAGAAGGCAAAUUAUAUGGAGAAUUCUGUCUGUACCAGGGUUCCUUGGCACCCUCCACUGUGCCCCAAAUCUUCACCUUUUCCCAGUUCAGUCAAAACAGAUUAGAGGGUAUCAGGGAUACAUUGCAGUUUGGAAAAGUGGGGCAACAGCAAAUUACUGGAGCAAUGACUUUAAAACAAAGUUGUUGCAGAGUUUCUAAUGGAGCAUCAUUCCUUGCCAUGCCCAAAUGAUAGGUUCAUGUGGUCACCUUAAGAGAUGACCCACAGCCUCCAUUUAUCAUUUAAAGGUCAAGGUAAAGGGACCCCUGACCAUUAGGUCCAGUCGCAGAGGACUCUGGGGUUGUGGCGCUCGUCUCGCUUUAUUGGCCGAGGGACCCAACAUUCGUCCACAGACAGCUUCCGGGUCAUGUGGCCAGCAUGAGUAAGACGCUUCUGGCGAACCAGAGCAGCGCUCGGAAACGCCAUUCACCUUCCCGCCGGAGCAGUACCUAUUUAUCUACUUGCACUUUGACGUGCUUUUGAACUGCUAGGUUGGCAGGAGCUGGGACCGAACAAUGGGAGCUCACCCCGUCGUGGGGAUUUGAACCGCCGACCUUCUGAUUGGCAACCUAGGCUCUGUGGUUUAACCCACAGCGCCACCUGCGUCCCGCUAUAUAUUAGAAUCUUGGAAAUUACGGUACAGGUGUCAUUUCCCUUCAAAUCUGCAAACCUUUAUACUGCAGACAAAACUUUAAUGAAGGUUUGGGUGUGCUCCACCCAAACUGAAGCACUCCAAGGUUCUAUUGAUCUCAUUGGGAGAGCUAUAUUACAAUCCUAUAUAUGCCUACUCAAAAGUAAGUCUCAUUAAAUUCAUGGGGCUUGUUCCCAGGAAAAUUGGUAUAAGAUUGCAGCCUUUGGCACCUGUUUAAUUUCUCCCUUUGAAUCUAGUGGGGCUUGAAAGGCUGCAAUCCACAGAAUGACUCGUGAGUCUCUGAUUUGACUUGAAACAUCUCGUUAAUACAGUGGUACCUCAGGUUACAUACGCUUCAGGUUACAGACUCUGCUAACCCAGAAAUAGUCCUUCAGGUUAAGAACUUUGCUUCAGGAUGAGAACAGAAAUCGUGCUUUGGCGGCGCGGCAGCAGCAGGAGGCCCCAUUAGCUAAAGUGGUGCUUCAGGUUAAGAACAGUUUCAGGUUAAGAACAGACCUCCGGAAUGAAUUAAAUACUUAACCUGAGGUACCACUGAAGUGCCAUCUGACCCCUUCCCCUUUUGUUGCUACAGGUGUCCCAGAAAGUUAAUUUUCAUUGCUUGGGGUUGA